GAAAGCAGUAUCAGUUUGAUCGAUCAUUUUGGUGUAAAAAUGUUUACUAAGAUUAUAAUUUCUAUUGCCUCCCUUUGCCUCGUUCAGGCUGCUGUCCAACCAGUAGUCCAACGAACCCCACCAGUAGUCGCAGCAGUUCCUGCAGAAAACCCCGAAUACUCCUUUGCCUACGAUGUCCAAGAUACCUUAACCGGUGAUUCGAAGAGACAAACUGAAAACCGCAACGGAGAUGUCGUUACUGGUGAAUACAGUCUGAACGAUCCAGACGGUACCAGAAGAAUCGUACAAUACAGAGCAGACCCCAUAAAUGGGUUCGUAGCUGUCGUCAGAAAAGAACCACUUCUAGCACCACUAGUACAACCAGCUGUAGGUGUAGUUCAACAACCCUCUGUAGAUAGCGUAGCCAUAGAAGCAGCAGAUUUGGAACCCAUAGUAGCUGCCGAGCCACAACGUUAUGUUGCCAGACAACGGCAAGUUAGACCUAACAACGAAGACUUCGAAAGCAGGAGGGAACCUUUGGAUCCCAAAAGAGCUCAACCUAAAAACACCAAGCCUGCUAAGUUGGAAUUGGCUGACGAACAACCACAAAGUUUCCCAGUUGCACCUGCUGCACCGGUUCCAGUAGCUCAAUUUGCUCCAAACGUCUUUAGUGCUCCCUACGUGUCUGCUCCAGUCGUAUCCUUCCCUAGAUAUUCAGCUCCGUUCACUUACAGUACUGUGACUGUAUUCUAAUUAUAAUGUAUUUAUUGAAGCAACUACAAAUUCUACAAUAAAGAUUUUAAAAUAUGUUGA